AGUAGCAAAAGGCAGAGCUCUCUGUCGCCGCAACUAGCCAAUGGCGAGUACCGAGGUACGACCGACCGACGGUGCACAUCCUUUCGACCUGGCUCGCAGCCCCAACUAGCCAAUGGCGACUUCCCACAUUCACCUCCAUUGGCCGACUCGUUUCACCAAAAAAAAGGCCAAUGGCCCCAACAACAAAGACAAACCACACUCCACUCUCCCGCUGAGAGACGCAGCGAGCUAGCGUGGCGACGCCAGUGAACAAGCUAGACGCGGCGCGCGGCCAUGGAGAUGGUCCUGGACUGGCGCUCCGUGGGCUCGCUGAUCGCGACGGUCAUGGUGUUCCGGGCGGCCAUGCGGGACUUGGUCCCGCCGGAGGCCGAGCAGUGGCUACGCCGCUUCCUCGCGCGGGUCACCGCCGCGUUCCGGGCCCCCACGGCCACCAUCCUCAUCUACGAGGCCGACGGUACCGCCAUAACCGGCGUAGCCAACGACCUCUACGACGCCGCGCAGCUCUACCUCGGCACGCGCUGCCUCGCCGCGGCCCACUCCGUGCGCCUCUACAAGCCGCGCGGGGGGAGCAGCACUGUCGCCUCCCUCCCGGACGACCACACCGCCCACGACACCUGGAAGGGCGUCACGGUGAAGUGGACCUCCACCGCGCGCCCCGUCGACGUGUAUGGCGGCGGCCAGGGCCCCUCCGGCGGUGGCGGCGUCCACCGCAGCCUCGAGCUCCAGUUCGUGCGUCAGCACCGCGACUUCGUCCACGACAGCUACAUCCCCCACGUCAUGGACGAGGCCACCAGGGUGCGGCUCACGUCGCGGGAGCGCAGGCUCUACACCAACGGCGAGGAGUACCAGCGCCUCUGGACCUCCCACGCAUUCUCCCACCCCUCCACGUUCGACACACUCGCCGUGGACCCGGCGCUCCGCGAGGAGAUCCGUGCCGACCUGCUCCGCUUCGCGUCCCGGCGGGAGCACUACGCGCGCGUCGGCCGCGCGUGGAAGCGCGGGUACCUGCUCCACGGCCCUCCCGGCACCGGCAAGACCAGCCUCGUCGCGGCGAUCGCCAACCUCCUCAUGUUCGACGUCUACGACCUAGAGCUCACAACCGUGGCCACCAACUCCCACCUCCGCCGCCUGCUCGUCUCCACCACGCCCAAGUCCGUCGUCGUAGUCGAGGACAUCGACUGCUCCCUCGACCUCUCCGACCGCAGGAAGAAGGGCGGCGGUAGUAUCGUCGACCAAGACGACGACGACAACAACGCGGCGAUUGGGCGGGAGGAGUCCAUAAGCCUCUCCGGCGUUCUCAACUUCGUGGACGGGCUCUGGUCUUCCUGCGUCGGCGAGCGCCUGAUAAUCUUCACCACCAACCACCCGGAGCGGCUCGACCCGGCGCUGGUCCGCCCAGGCCGCAUGGACCGCAAGAUCGAGCUCGGAUACUGCUCGCCCGCCGCGCUCCGCGUGCUCGCCAAGAACUACCUCGGAGUUGGCGAGGAUACCGACGACGAAGCAGUGAACGGCCUCAUGGCCCAGGCCGAGGGCCUGCUCGCCGCUGAUGACGACGUGCGCAUCACGCCCGCCGACAUCGGCGAGGUGUUCAUGGGAUGCGACGGCGCGGGCGCCUCCGCCGCCUUGAGGAAGCUCGUCGGCGAGCUGCGCCGCAGGAGAGAUCACGCACCUGCCCCGGCCGUAGACGCGCUAGCUGCAGCCGAGACGAUGGAGUAAGCCGAGAGCGAACGAGAUUGACCUGAACUGUGCGUGUUAGAGGUAAUCUUGAUUAGUGCAGUCGGUUAGAGCUGUGGAUGCAUGCAUGCAUGUGCGUACGAGCUAGCUAGGUGUGUGUUCUGCGCGCGUGUUUGAGUCAGGUACGUUAGGACUAGUAGUUAGUCUCUUGGUCAUGUCCGUGUACGUGUGCUGUUGAGCUAGUCCGAGCUGUACGUGCUUGGUGUUGAGUCUGUGUAAUAUGUGUAGGUCUAGGACUCCAAGCUCGGGUGUGCAUAGUCUAAGAAUUUUUAAUAAAAAAUGCUCAUGGCAAAAAACGAUGAGAAAAUGAGUAUAUAUAUGCAA